UUAUAUUGUACUUUUCAGGUCUUCAAAAUGCCCCAAUGUGUUUUGCAGGUAAUGAAGUAAUUUUGAACACAGCAGCCAUUUUUCACAGAGCAAGAGUUCACAAGCAGCAAUGUAAUAAUGACUGGACCAUCUGUUUUAUUAAUGAUGUUGACAGAAGAAAAAAUACUGGCCAACUGGACUAAACUCUCCUGGUCCUCAGAGUGGUGCCUAGGGAUUGUUCAUAUCCACUUGAGACUGCAGGAGGAUGCGUGAAGCUGAGAGGAAAGUUCAGUGAAGCAUUCCAGUUGAGAGUAGAGUGCAUUAAUGGAUGCACUCUGAAAGCCUUUUCUCCUGUCUCUUGCUGAUUUUCCGCAAUGAAGAAAUCAUUGAGGAGUCUGUGUUCCUAAGCCCUAUCAAAACUAAACAACGCUAAAGUCUCAGGUGACCUGAUUUCACUGGUUCGGAUAUGGGAAAGUUGAUUUGAAAGUUGCUGCUGGAUUGAGCUCUGGACUUGUCUCAUUGUCCUAAACCACAAGUGAAGUGUGGAGAAUGAAGCCAGUCACUCCAGUUAGCUCCCCCUCCCCUCUCAGGCUGCUAAACAAAGGCCCUGAGUAUCUACGCAGGCAAAUGGAAAGUGGGAACAGGGGCCGGGCACCGAGUGCUGUUGAGAGACUUGAAGCAGACAAGCCUAAGUAUGUCAAGAGCCAGAGAGUGAUGAACGCCAAGCAAGAGACAAUUGUCAGCCCUUCUGUAACGCCACAGCCUUCUGCUCAAAAUUGGGUCAGAUCAGAUGAGGCAAGAAGUCUGUGCCAUGAUUUUGAUGCCAGAAAAGAGAAUGCCAAUUUGGAACAACUCAACAACAUCAGGAAUGUUUUUGUGGACAAACCAUCCCACAAUCCAGAGGUCACGAGGAGGACCACCUCCAAGAGAGUCAUGAGGCCAGACUCCUUAAUCAUUUACCGGCAAAAACGUGACUGCAAGACAGGCAGCAGCGAGAACUCCAGAGGCUAUAACUUCAUCCGACGCCUUUUUCAGGGGUCCACCAGGGACAAACAGGUGAGCUCCCUCGAAUUGCCAAAGAUCAUCCUGAAGGAGGGCAGUAGGUCUUUCUCUGAAGGCAAUUCCCCUGUAAUGUCACGCAUUAGUCAUCUCAAUGACUGUGAAGCAAGAGAGGUUGAAAAUCUUUGUACCAAACACUUUACUAACAAGGAAAUUCCUGACUCAGUUUCUCCAAACCUUUGCUUAACCAGAACUCUCAACCUGCCAAGUAACCUUUCUGAAGCGAAUAGCCAAACAGCCUUGAGAAGCGGGACUUUGCAACAUCCAAACCUGGACCACUUGCUGCGUAACUCUGUUGCUUUGUCGGAAGAAGAAAGGUUUUUUAAUUACUGUGGGCUUGACCCAGACGUGGCAGAGUAUCUUGGGCUGUCCAACCUCUCUCCUGCUCCUUCAGACUCAAUAUCACCCAGAAUUCAGAAUGUCAGCAUGACUGAGAGUGAUGGCAGUGAAUUCUCUCAUGGAAGCAGAGAUGGUGAAGGCCUUUGUGAGGAAGAAGUUCACGAGCAGGUCUCUUUGGGGAUAUCCGUCAUUGAACGAAAUGCACGGAUCAUCAAGUGGUUGUACAGUUGCAAAAAGGCCAAAGAAGGACCAAGGGAGUCAACAGUGUAGAGGUUUAGAACUUCCCCCAAAAUGCAAAGAGAAUAUUUUCACUGAAGUACAUUUUGUCUUAAUCAUUAAUAUCUUGGGGAACUGAACUAGAUUCUGUCUUUAGCUCAACCAUAUGGAACAUAUUUAAAAAGUUUUAUUUUCUUAAUUUAACUCCAAAAACUGAUGUUCAGCUUUGGUCUGAAAGUUUCAGUUGAAGUAAAUAAAUGAAAAAGGGAUGAUGAAUGCAACAUUUUAUUGCCUUGAAGAGGA